GGCUUACGUCCAACACCAACUGAUAUCCGCUUUGAUUUGUUUCUGGCCAUCAAGUAGCCAAAUUUCUUUCAAGAACCCACCCCACCUCCAAAGUGAGAGGACAUUAAUGCUACUCGGGUUGGGUUUGCACCGCAUGUUGACAAAGGCACGUUGAAACCAAAGCUUCCAAUAUCUCCACCAACCAAGAAACUGGUAAAGAUUUCUCAAGAGGGGUGAACAGAGAGACACGCUGUUGAAAUCAAAGAGGUGGGGUUACGUGCAUCCUCGGAUCACACAGAUGGGUGGGAGAUGGGCCCCAGAAAUGAAGUGGGAGGAUUAAAAGUUUGAAGCUCCCGAUCCAGCCCCCCACCUCCAAAGUAUCAGGGGGGACAUUGGAUUUGGAUGGAAACGGGGAGUGUCUUUUGGUUUGUAGCAUCCGCGUGUGGGGACCAACUCAAACCCUGAUGUAUCUUGCAGCCCCGUGGACACCUUCUCUUCCCUUCCUUGCGUUUGGUGUUGUGUGGAGUGACUGGCGAGUUGCUCGGAACCAUCAUCGACCGCAGCCUCUGCCGCCAGUUGGCAUCUCUCCUCCUCGUUCCUUUCGCACGCAGAUGCUGGAGGAAUACAGAGGCCAUCAAGGAAGAUCGACGUUGACCGGGACGAGGGUUUUAGCAAACCUAGCAGCUGCUUCCAUGCCUGACCAUGAGUUUGUGGAGCUGGUGUGGGAAAAUGGCGGGAUUGUGAUGAGAGGAAGCACUCCGCCAAGCAGAUGCGUCGUCUCCAGCCGGUCUAAUGACGGCAAAGUGGCUUACAAUGCUCCUGACUCAGGCACUCGUGUGAAAAAUCCCUUCCCUGGUGACUUCUAUAUUCGGGGCGUUGCACACCACAAUGGCAUGGACUCUUCUGCUCAAGGCAAUGCUCAUGAUGAUGAUGUAGUAACUUCUCCUGAUGAUAAGAAUCGGACAUAUGUGGUGGACGCUGCUUCCAAACAUGGAGAUGCAGAUCAUCCAGUGUCAUCAAGAAACGAGUCCUUGUUCAUCAGGAAAUCCUCUCACCCUACCAAGACUUGCGACGACGGUCACCGUUGGCCGUAUCAGUCUCCCAUGCAGCAAGGCCAAGAUUCGACUCGGUUCGUGGGAUCAGGAUUAUGUCGAAACCCCCAUAUGUGGUCGGUCAAUCACUACUCGUCCAAGGCGAUGGUGUUGAGGGAGUCAAAUUCUCUCCGCAAGCCCAAAAACACGAACUUUUCCCUCUUCUUACGGCCGCCUGUCGUCCUCAGGGCUAAGAAUAGAGAGACGACCGAAUUGCCAAUGAGAUUACCAACCGUUGAAGAUCUCCCCCGCGCGGAGACAAAAACUGACAAGAGAGCAGGCAUCGGAGAUGCCCGAGAGGCGCCAUUGACUGAGCCGGCAGCGGCUUUUGGAAGACGAGCGGAUUUAGCGGAUGAUAAGGCGAAGCCGAUGUUCACGGAUGAUAAGACUUCAGGAAACGCUUUUCCUGAUGAACACUCUAUAGUCCUUGGCGUAAAAGACAAUUCCCUUAGAAACAGAAAAUCUAAAGAUCAAUGCCGGGAUCCGUCGUCGACCAUAGCAGCGACGGCUAUAGAUAAAACAAUGCCCGGUGAGCGACGACCUUGUGACCCGACACCGGUUGCAUCUUCUUCUGUGUGCUCGCGAGAAGCCUCCAACUAUCCAGUAGGUACAUUGAAGAGGAAGCACGAAGACUCCGAAUCGAUAUAUCCAGGUGAUGAUGAGGAUGAUGAUGAUGAAACAGAAGAGGUGAAGCGAAAAGUACGGACUCGAAGCAGAGCAACAAUUCACAAUCUAUCAGAAAGAAGACGCAGAGACAGAAUCAAUAAGAGAUUGCGUGCCUUGCAGGAACUUCUGCCAAAUUGUGACAAGGUGAAUAAAGCUUCGGUUCUGGAUGAGGUGAUCGAGUAUCUAAAGACCCUUCAGCAUCAAUUACAGAUUAUGUCGACUAGGUCGCCGGUUUUCAUGUCUCCGAUGAUGUUACCCACAGGCGUACAUAAUAUGCACACACCGCAUAUGAGUCAAUUCCCACUAGGAAUGGGUAUGAGAAUAGGCGCAGGAGCCGAUUGCAGCACAUUUCAGUUCCCAAUCCCGCCUAUCUCUGGAGCCCCCACUUUGCCUCGAAGUAAUGGAACCGGCAUACCUAUGUUUGGAGUCCACCCAAUUCCAUAUUUGCCUUUCAUUCCGACCCUAACACGACCAGUUUCAGCUGCGGAUGUUUCUGGAACAACCACUGCAGUUGAACACGGGGAAUCUGCAGCCCGAUCUGGCAAUUGCGAUGUAAUCCAGAACAAGGAAUUCUGAGAAGCUGGAGGUCAUAUCGUGCGUGCCAGUAAAUACUUGUUUAAUAGGCAUUUACCCUGUGGACAAUGUCUUAAUUCCCUCUGAGCAACAUUGUACAUGCGGGAAAUAAGAGGUCUCUCAAAAGCAAGACUCUGCCAAUUUUGUUCCCAAUGAGGAUGCCUACUUUGAAGUAUGGCGGAGGGGAGAAUUUAAAAAAAGUAGCAUUGACAAACAUUCUUUUUCCAAAAUGAUCAUUCACCACUUGUGCAUUAUACUGGACUGCAAAAAAUGGAGCUGUCUACUGGUUUGCUUGUUUAACGGUCUGACAGAAGGAAAACUUUCAUGUAAACAAUAGCUCUUCCCGAAAAGGAAAACAAUCAAAAGCUACAGAUCUUUGCUAUA